GUUUGAUUUCGAGAGCCGAACCGAGCGGAAUGAAAAAGCGAAAGAAACCCAUUUCCGACGAAAUGUAACGAAGUCAAUUGCAGUAGUGGAUUUUCAAUACUUUUAUGAGUUAUUAGAUUGCAAGUAAAAGAUAAAACAAAAACAAAAACAACAACAAAGAGAGAAUUUGGGUGUAAAGGAAAAUACAAUAACAAAAAUUGGAAAAACAACUCAAACAGGAUAUUUCACUUAAAAUAAUUGUUUCUGGUCGUAAUAAAAUAAUAAUUUUGAAACGAAUUCUAAUAUGGCUUGUUUUCGAAACAAUGAAGUCGGUAACUGCUAUGUCGGGUCACGUAAAGCUCUGCGGACUGAAGUGAAGUUGGAAUUGCGGUACUAAAUAUAAAAAUAUAAAACCCAAAAUGUUUAAUAAUGCAAAUCGUUUUACAAUACCAAAUUAGUGUGACAGAAUUUUAAAAUCGAAAGAAUAAAAAUUUAAUAACCGAUCAUUAAAAUCAGAAAAUAGCCAGUGGACAAUAAAGGAAUUGGAACGGCCAUAAAAGAACCACACACACAAGAAAAAAUUUAAAUUCUCACAAAUCAUUGUCCUCGUAGCCUUUGCUGAGCGGUACCAAGAACAACCACCACCUCAAUAACAACAACAACAAAAAACGAAACGUUAACCACGGAAUUAGCUGUGAUUCCGCUGCUACAUUGGCUACCGAAUGGAUAAUGGGUAUUUGUUUAGACACAGAUGCCAGUGCAGCACAGGACACCGGCGAACAAGGCAACGAAUGGAAUCGUACUACUCAAAAUCAGAACAGUGCCAGCGCAGGCGGUGGACGUUUAGUCGCCUCGCCAAAUAUAAACGCUACCGAUAUGCAAAAUGUUGGAAAAAUAAAAUUCGAUCCGCCCAAAGUGCCAGUGAUAUUUGUUUUAGGCGGCCCAGGUAGUGGCAAAGUGACCCACUGCGACACGUUUAUGCAGGAGCGCCGUGGGGUAACACACAUCAAUAUGAUGGAUCUGCUGCAACAGUAUGCCAUGGGAAACGAUAUGCAAGACUUUUCACAAUUAUCUUCGAAAACCGUCACCGAAGUUUUAAUGUUAGAAAUGAAAAUGGCUCCAGCUGCCAAAGCCUAUUUAAUCUCAGGAUAUCCGCGCUCAAUGCGAGAUGUGGUCGAAUAUUCGGAGAAGAUUCAAGUAGUCAACGGUGUCAUCCUGAUAUCCUGGCGUCAAUCGGUGCUGCAAAAACAAAUUGAUUAUGGCGCCAAAUUGGGUCAUGUCGUGCUCUCCUUAGCCAAAAUGGAAUUGGAAAAUUUCUUCAAAAAUGUAAUGCCCGUUGCGGAUUAUUUCGAUCAGAGCGAUAUGCUAAUAGCGGUCAACGGUGAACGUGCUCCGUCCGAGGUUUACAAAGAUUUCCGUUCGGCUGUGCUUGACAUCUUGAGUUCGCUGGAAAAUCAGGAGGCCAUUCUCAAUGGAGUAACAGGUAUGGGCAGAGGGAUAAAUGAUAUACCGGGCAGUAUAGUUAGCGUAGACACGGCACCUAGUCAAGCACCCCAGAAUAUUCCAGGAAAUCUUAAUUAUAACGCUGGUCAAUCAAUUUCAACAGUGCCAUCGCAGCAGCAGGCGAUCAACACCGCCAAUCACAUGGGUGGUGAGCGGAAUAUUACGAAUGCGGUUAUUUCUCACAUAGCCUCGAAUGCCGCCCAAGCUGUGGGUUCGGCCGGAGCGGUGACAAGGCAACCGAUGUUGACCAAUGCUGCCACGUCCAUGAGCACGGAUAUGAAUGGCAUACCGCCGGUAAUAUGGGUGAUUGGUGGACCGGGCAGUAAUAAGGCCACGCUUUGUAUGAAAGCGGUGGGUUUGAAUCCGGGUUGGGCUCAUUUUAGUGUGGGUCGCCUUUUACGCAGCAUUACCGAUGCAGCGCCACGUGCCAAUACCGAAAGUUAUGCCGUUAAGGAAGCCUUAGCCGCCGGCGAAAUGGCUCCAGAGAAAGCCAUCAACACAAUUUUGGAAACAAAUUUGCGUCAAAUGUCCGACAAGCAGGGCGUCAUCAUUGAUGGUUUCCCCAGGAAUAUGCAGCAGGUCAAAUAUUUCGAGGAUAAGUAUAAACAACGCCCACCCAUCAUCCUCUUGGAUUGCUCCAAGUUGCAACUUGGUCGAGGACGCAUAGACGACACAGUAUCCUCAUUUCGCCGCCGAUUGGAACUUUUCCGGGAGCAAACCUUGCCAAUGCUUAAGGCCAUGGAUAACAGCAAUCGUUUGCAGAUUAUCGAUGGUGACACCGACAGUCCAUCGGUGCAGCGUGAAUUUGAGAAAUCCAUACGGAAUCACAUACAAAAUCUCACAGGAGCUACAGCGGCCAAUAAUGUGGGCCAAAUGGCCAUUAUGCCAUAUGGCGGCGGAGCAGCUGGAGCCCAUGGGAAUCAACAAACCGAUGCCAUACUACAGGAUUUAGAAAAUAAUGUGCCUGGUGCAGUGCCAACAAUAAGCCAUCAUGUCAGUCUCAUGAAUGGCCAUCUGAAGAACCGCAACACCAGCGGUCAUCAAUUAGCGAAUAACAAUAAUACUAAGGGUCCCAAUACAUAUAUGAACGGUGACAUAGGUCAGACCGGUCAGACAAUGGAUUUUCGCCACAUGCUCGAGGAGGCUGAGCGUUAUCCGGUCGAUUCUUAUAUGUAAACAAAC